AUGGCUCUAGCUUCGCGCUCAAGGCCACGAGCUCUAUCUACAUCCCGCGUUCGCAAAUCCACUGAAAAUCGUACGAGAUCAACACCAGGACGCCGCCGGCGCCGGGCCCUAUCCGGCGUAUCAAAUGACGAAGAGCUACGACCAUUCGUAUGCAGCUUCGCACCCUACGGAUGCGAAAGCAAAUUCGUCUCAAAAAACGAAUGGAAGCGCCAUGUCACCUCCCAGCACCUCCUCCUAGGCUUCUACUACUGCGACGUAGGGAAUUGCAAUCCACAAGUGGACACACCAAGCAGUUCCUCGGGGUCGCCCAGAUCCUAUUCCACGCUUGCACCAAGCCAAGCAAACAAGUUCAACCGCAAAGACCUCUUCACGCAACACCAGCGACGCAUGCAUGCCCCCUGGCUCCAGUCAAAACAGCGGAGAACCCCUACAGAUAGCGAGCAUGCCGCCUUUGAAUCCAGUCUUGAAGAAGUUCGCCAGCGAUGCUGGCAAAGCAUACGACAACCCCCCACGCAGAGCCACUGUGGUUUCUGUGGGGACGUGUUUUCGGGGAGUAACAGCUGGGAUGUGCGAAUGGAGCACGUUGGGCGGCAUUUUGAGCGCACAGAGCCUGCCUGUCUUGCAGAGGAAGCAGAGGACGUUGCGCUCCGUGAUUGGGGGCUCAGAGAAGGGAUUUUGGCUGUGGUCAAUGGGCGGUGCAGGCUAGCUUCGCUGGUUGGGGCUAUGAAUUGA